AAUAAAGGUAAGCAGGAAGUUCGAAACUCGAUAAACUGCGAUUGGAGAUCAACCGUUUCAAAGAGCUCCCCGAACACCGCCGCGAAAUGAAAGUUUUCGUCGUUCUUUGCCUUCUUUCAACCGCUGCGCUGACGGCUGCGGCAAGAGCUGGUCGUCUCGGAGGUGACGUUGAAGCAAAUGGCAGAAUAGGUGGUCGCCUGUAUGCCGGCGUCGAGAGAGUGGGUCCACGUGGAUUUCCAGGGUUCACCGCCUCAGUCGGAGGCGAACUAGGCGCACACCUGGGUGGAACUGCCGGCGUGGGUGUAACCAGAUACGGCUAUGGUUAUCCUAACUGGGGCAAUCCAUAUGGCGGAUACGGUGGAUAUGGUGGAUACAGCGGAUACGGCGGAUAUGAUCAGGGCUUUGGCUCUGUAUACCCCGGCUAUGACUACUACUACCCAUAUGGCUACGGGGGUGGCUACGGGAGUGGCUACGGGAGUGGCUACGGUGGGGGCUACGGCGGUAGCUAUGGUGUUAGCUAUGGUAGUAGCUCCAGCUUUCCCACCUCGAGUGCUUCAGCUGGUGGCACCACUUCAGCUCGUUCUUCAGCGUCACAAUAAAGUACCAUGGAUCACCCUAUCCAGAAAUACCGACGUUUUACGAAGCGUUUUGGUACCCACCAACAAGAAAUUUCGCAGCAAAAUACUAAGAACUGCAAGUUAUUCUGUGUACUUGCGUUUUCGGCAAGUUUUACUCCAUCAUGUUCGCCUUGAAGCGUACUUAUCAGGCAAAUUGAAUUACACUAUUCACCGUACACUGUACAAUAAAACCACAAGACAGCCAUCAAACA